ACGUUCAUCCGUGAAGUGACUGGAAUCCAUACAGCACGGAAGUAGCUAGCAAUAUUGUCAGCGUACUCAAUCAAGAUAAAAUAUCUAGCUUGCUAGAUAAGCGAGGUAUAAUAAAGACAAAACCAAAAGGCAACCUGGAAGAAGCGGGUGCACCCAAGAUAUCCACGCAGCAUGGAUUUUAUAUAAUUCCGGCAAGAUGUGAGGAGAUGACCCAGGAGAAAAAAAAUAAAGAGACCAACAGCAUUAUGUUGGUCAGAAAAAUAAUAAUGAAAGAUGGGAGCACUCAGGGUAUUGGCAGUGCCCGUGUGAUCCAUGCUGUGGUGGUCAUUUUUUUGGAAUUCUUCGCCUGGGGUUUGCUGACAACUCCAAUGCUGACCGUUCUACAUGAAACGUUUCCACAACAUACGUUUUUAAUGAAUGGUCUCAUUCAGGGUGUAAAGGGCCUGCUGUCUUUCAUGAGUGCCCCUCUAAUUGGAGCUCUGUCAGACGUGUGGGGCAGGAAGUCCUUCCUGCUAGUCACCGUGUUCUUCACCUGCGCUCCCAUUCCCCUAAUGAGGCUGAGUCCCUGGUGGUAUUUUGCUAUGAUAUCCGUAUCUGGAAUAUUCUCUGUUACAUUCUCAGUAAUAUUUGCAUAUGUAGCUGAUGUAACCGAGGAACACGAGAGAAGCACAGCAUAUGGGUUGGUUUCUGCAACGUUCGCCGCAAGCUUGGUAACAAGCCCGGCUAUUGGCGCCUACCUCUCUACUAACUACGGAGACAACGUGGUGGUGCUGCUGGCCACCAUCAUCGCCCUGAUAGACAUCUGCUUCAUCCUGCUGGCUGUGCCCGAAUCGCUUCCUGAGAAGAUGAGGCUAACAUCGUGGGGUGUGCCCAUUUCAUGGGAGCAAGCCGACCCCUUCACCUCCUUGAGGAAAGUGGGGAAGGACAGCACGGUGCUUCUCAUCUGUAUCACCGUGUUCCUCUCCUAUUUGCCGGAGGCUGGCCAAUACUCAAGCUUUUUCCUCUAUCUGCGACAGGUCAUUAACUUCUCAUCCACGGCAAUCGCUGCAUAUAUAGCAGUGGUGGGGAUCCUUUCUAUUCUAGCACAGACGGUGUUCCUCAGCGUUUUAAUGAGGUCGAUCGGGAAUAAGAACACAGUGCUGCUCGGGCUCGGCUUUCAGAUGCUCCAGCUGGCCUGGUAUGGCUUUGGAUCAGAACCAUGGAUGAUGUGGGCGGCGGGCGCGGUGGCAGCCAUGUCCAGCAUCACCUUCCCGGCGGUGAGCGCCCUGGUGUCCCGCAGCGCGGAGCCCGACCAGCAGGGAGUCGUUCAGGGAAUGGUAACGGGAAUACGGGGUUUGUGCAACGGACUGGGCCCAGCUCUGUACGGGUUCAUCUUCUUCCUCUUCAACGUGGAGCUGAAGGCCAUCGACCCCGUCCAGGGGGAUAAGACGGCCCCUUUGCUCGACCCAAAUGAGGAGAAGCCGGUAAUCCCGGGCCCGCCCUUCCUGUUCGGCGCCUGCGCCGUGCUCCUCGCGUUUCUCGUGGCCUUAUUCAUCCCGGAACACCGCGGCGCGCCGCUGAAGACGUGCCACGCCCGCAAGCACAGCGUCAGCGUGGGCGGUGGCGGCGGCAGCGGCGGUGGGGGCCAGAGCAGCACCCCCCUCCCGGGCAGCGACGAGGACAUCGAGCCCCUGCUGCAGGACAGUACCCUGUGAACGAGGGGGGCGGAGACUCCCGGCCCCGCCCCCACAACAGAGAUGAGACGGCAUGAGAAUUCCCCCACGGUCUUCAAGUCUUCCCGUCUCCACGGAGAAUGAGCAAGUCCUUUCUGGGAACAAGUGUGUGUGAAAGCUGUAUUUUACUUCAUUUUCACAGCCUGGGUGGAAAUGCUUUAAUUGCAUUAUUAUCAGUGUGGACUAUUAUUGGUAUUCUUUUCCCUGUAUGGACCAGAGGCAGGGGACCCAGUUGUUGCGAGUUUUGGGUUUAGUUUGUUUUCAAUAGCAUUGUGCAAGUUAAUGUGAAUCAGUUAACAUCUACUGUGUAACAAUCAAGCUGUGUAUAUGGAAAGGAGAAGGUUCUAAAUAAGAUGUUUGAGAUUUCAAUUUUUUUAUUGUCUUUGAACCUCUGAUGUUUAACCCUGUUUAUCUAAUGAAACUUUUAGAGGUAGAUUGUAUUAUAAGUAGGCUGAAAAUUAAUGGCUUUUAACUUUUUUCAGGAGUUAAAUUGAUGUCCUCCUUUAAUGGUUUGUAUUAAUAAGCCUAACAAGGCAUUUCCGGUGAGCAGAUAUCUUACAUAUUUUUAGUUAUUUUAAAGGUAUAUUGGAAGUAUUGCUUACCUUCAAGGGCAAUACACCUUAAAACAUAACUACAAGUUACUGCUAGUGGCAUGUAGUUCCAUCAUUAUUGGUGUUGUCAUACAUCACAGAAAGUCAUUCAUUUCCUGGUUUGUGUGCUUUUACCUAUGGUUACCCGGAGGCGAGUAGCAUUUAAGAGUUUGAGCUGAAGGUAUAGAUGUUUACUAAAUGUUGAAUUCUAUGCAUUAUUCUAUAUUUUCAACACAAUCUUUGGUACUCGUGUGUCCCACAGCAAUUACUGUGUUAUUAUUUUUUCUGUUCUAUAUUAUUUUAUAAUAUAUCAUAGGAAAUAUAUAUUAUCAAAAAAUAUAUGUAUAUAUAUAUAUAUAUAUAUAUAUAUAUAUAUAUAUAAUAUAUAUAUGUAUGUAAUAUAUAUGUACAUGGCUCAGUAUAUGUUUGUGUAUAUUGUGUGAUGUGCUUCUUAUAUUUAAUUUUUUUUAUUUAUUUGAGAUUUAUUUAAAUUACUUUUAAUGGUUAGUAUUUUUAAGGUGGAAGUGGCUCCAUUUAAAUGGUGCCCUCACUUUUUACUGUUUUGUAGCGAUCCAGUCGUACCGAGUAUGUUACCAGCUACCUCAGCUUUGAAUGCUUUUGUUUUCAGUUCUGCGUUUUGCUUUGUACUUUCCACCGACAAGAAAUACUACAGAUUGGUUUCCCACAAGAUGUCAUACAGUAUAUAGUCAUAUAUAAGAGAUUGCUUCCAGGAAUCAGCCAACCCCAGGAAGUAAGAGGCACGUGUAAACACAAGCAAACAAGCAGAAGUAUCACUGUCUCCUCGUUUCAGUUGGACUUUUAAAAAUAAUUUUGAUUGUUGGUAACAAUCUUUUUAAUUUAUUAAACAUGGUUUUUAUUGCAGCUAGCUUUCAUUGCAGGCUGCUCCCCUGCACCUUUAUGUGCAGAUAUAAUGUGCUUGACCCAGAUUGCUUACCAAAAUGGAUGGGCUGGAAUGUCAGAAGUGAUGCGUUCAUGCUGUGUAUCCCGUAGCCACGGGAUGGCAAAAAAAAAGCUUGACCGUUGGGAGCUGUGUGGCAUUUGAAUCCCCUCCCUUUUCGGUAAAUACUUGAGUUUCCAUUUGUGGUACAUGUCAGAUGUUGUGGUAUUUUUGCAUCCCAAAAAAGCGUGUCCAGUUCUAAAGCGUAGCGUGCCAGUGUCACAGGGCUACCAGUAUGUCCAGGUGUACUGUUCUGCUUUUUAAAUAACUCUACCUGUUAGGAAUAUUGAAUACUGGCCUUGAGGCAUUGUAAAGUUUGGUGCUUGUGUUUCAAAUUCUGUACUUUACCCUGUUGUUCAGCAAGCCAUUUCCAUGUUCACCAAGGGCACUGUUUGCCUGUAGAUAUUAGCACAUCGUAUAACUGCAGUGAGCAUAGAAUCUGCUGUGUAUUAUUACAUUCUUGUGGCUUAGAGUUUAUGCAAAGAUUAUGCAUUCACCAAAAUUGAUGUCAAGGAUGAUGAUAUAAAGCUGGUUCCAGGUAAGAGUUGAUAUUUUUAUGAUAACAUUGUAUCUAACCUGUAAAAAUAGGUAGAAAAAAGCUUUUUCUUUCCACUGACUGUAUUGGAUUGUAAUGUACUGUAUAUCUUUUAAGAAGUAUUGCAAACUUAAUUUGUUACUCGUUUCCAGAAAGCUAUAUUUUUGGAACAAAAAAUCCUGCCUGUGUAAGAUGAAGUCUUGAAACUUUUAAUGAAACACUACAUAUUUGAAGACUGCUAAUGCUUUGCUCAGCUUCAUCUUCAGAUAUAAAAUCAGUGUGAAAAAUUUGUUCUGAGGACCUGUGAGCAUCGGGUCUUGCAUUUGAUCGUUUAUUCUGCAUUUGCAGGAUACUUGAUGCAUUUGCUUCCUAUAUACACUGCAUCUUUUUGAAUUUCAAUUCAAAUGUGCCUAAAGUGUAAACAUUUUAAAUGCAAAAAAAUUAUUUUGAAUUGUACAUUGAGCAGUUGUGAUAAUUUUUUUAAAUAUACAUAUAUAGCACUGCAGAUGAUGUGUACAUGACCUUAAUAUUUGUAAUUAUGAUGGUUACUCAUAAAUAGCUGCAAUAACAAUAAAUAUAUGUAAUAGAAUUCAAAA